AUGGUCGUCACUGACGGAGGUAAGUCCUUGCCGGAUGCAUCGCGCCACAGUGCUUUAGACUCCUUUCUUGUAGGCAGUUUGGCCUCUUUGCUUAAAGAGCGAGGUGUUCCACAUGAAGGCGCGAAUCAACGUGCGGCUCAGGCAAUUGCCACACUUGGCUCGGGACAGGUUCAGAAGGCCAUGCUAGGUGCUAACCCUUGGAAGGAGCUCAAAGCUUUGGGAAACCUGCAUUCUCCUCCUUUCCACUUCCUUCUCCCUAGUGAGCUUCAGGCCGUAGUUGCGGCAAAGGCUCUGGCCGGUGGACAUGCUUCGGGUAACCGCCAGAUGACUAAGUCCAAAGUUCCUUCAGUUCCGGCUCGUGCGUCUCCGGUGAUGCUUGACCUUGACCAGGUUACCAUUCCUUCAGGAGUUUUCGUUGAUGGUGACACGCCUCUUACGCAGAUCCCCAUUGGUGACGUUGGCCCUACUUCAGCUGGAGUAGUAUUGGUCCGGCCGGAACAAGCUGCACCGUACUUCAAGCUUUCAAGGCCUGUCAGUCGUGCGGCAUUGGCCCUUGUGGUUGUCGGUGAACUUGACCUUGGCGAAGUGACUGUAAAGUCUGAAGUGUUGCGUUUCCGAGCCACGUCAACGAAACGAGCACUUCCAUUGCUUCUUUCCGGGACUUUGCUCCAGAUUGGCGAUCGUUGGGUUUCCAAGCAUGCCCCUAAGGUCACAAACGUCGAGGUUGUUCCAUCGGAAGUCCUUCGUAUCCCUGUGUUUCGUGACCAGUUUGAGGGUGAUUGGGACACAUUCACAAUUCGCCCACUUCGGGAGAUCAUACAGGUGGUUCCCUGCCUUCGCACUUGCUCUGUUGCAGGUUGUACUUGUGCUGCUUGGCAUGGUGCCUCCGCGCCGGGUGAGCCGGAAGCUAUUCUUGAGUGCUGGGCCAGGUCUUGGCAUUCCGUUGCGUACAAGCAAGCGCCGGCGAAGUCAGCAGUAAUCUUCAACAUCUUUGUGAGGAUACCGGCUGGGCUUCUCAAGCCUCUGCUUGCAUGCUCCGGGUUGCAUGGGGUUUUCAUUGAGCCGCGCGCUGCAGAUUCCAAGGGGGCUUCUGCUGAGUUUCGUGUUAUCUGGCUUCCGAAAGCUUCCUACAGUGAGGCUUUGCUCCUAAAACAAAGCCAUGGCGAAAUCAUUGGACUUGCUCGUGUUGGAUCGCGACUGGGAGUGCGAUGCAAUAAAGCUGAUGAAGAGGCCUUACACAAAGUCCUCAAAGGCACCCCUUUUGUCGAUCGUAGCUCAUUGUGUGAGUUCGUUGUCGGUCCUUGGCCUUUCGGGACACAGCGCCAAGCCGUUGAAAAAGCAUUGUCCUCCUUCGGAUGGGUUGCUCGCGUUACCCAGCCCCUUGCCGGCCAGCCUGGUGGUCUUUGGUGGCGCGUUCAGGCCGGUUCGCGCCCUCCUGAGCUUGUCUUGCACACGCAAUUUGGUGAAGUGCUUAUCAGUGAAGAACCUGGGCGAGCAGCCGUCCCGGCGGUGAAGCAUGCAGUGCUUGCUGCUCGCAGUGCUUUGCGUGAUCUCUGUCCGCCUACGCCCCCUUCGGUUGACCCCUUGCAGGUGCAUGAUCCUUGGGCUGCAGCGCUUCAGAAGCAAACGCCUUCACAACCCGCUUCUGUUCAAGCUGUGUCUGCACAAGUUGAAGCUAAAGUAUUGGCCAAAAUUCAGCAGGAUCGUUCCUUGUCGUCUGUACCGGCUCCUUCUGAGCAGCUGCGUGAGGAGCUUGAACAGAGUGUCCUUUCCAAGGUUGAGGCUCGUUUGACGGAACAUCGCGCUGUGGUUGAGGGUCGGCUUUCUGGAGUUGAAACUCAGGUCACAGCCCUUUCAGACAAAGUCGAUGGCCAGGAGUCGGUGCUUCGCAGCAUGUUUCAGGAGCAGAUGUCCCGCAUUGAAGAGUUGUUAGCUGCGCCCAAGCGUUCUAGGCAUGAGGGCGUUCGCCACUGGUCCGUUUUGAUUGCGUUUCUUUCGGUGCGAGUUGGGGAAGCUGCGCAUCCUGGUCCAGGGGUGAUGGACGAGUCUUUCUUCACGUUGGGUGCCAUUAACCCCACCGGGCUUAAUGGCAAACAUGGGGUCGUUUCUCAGCUUGAUUCGCCCGCAAUCUACGCUGUCAGUGAAACGCAUUUGACCAAGCCAGGGUUGGAUUCAUUCAGGAUGGGCUUGCGCCUGGCCGGUCCCUUUUCGUUUGUUCAUGGUUGUCCUGUGGCCCCUCGGCCGCGCAGCCUGGUGUCUGGUGUCUACGAGGGCGUGGGCUUUGUCACGUCGUUUCCGGCUCGUUUGGCUCCACACUCGUGGCCUGCUUUGCUGUACGAGACCUCUCGCAUUCAGGUUGCCAACUUCUUCGUGGGGUCCAUGUGGCUGUUGGGCGGGGUGGUCUAUGGGUAUGCCACCGACUCCUCUCGUACGUCAUGUCUGCUUCAGGCCCUCACUGAGAGGGUGGUUUUGGGUGCUUCCGGGCCUCGGUUCGUGGCCGGUGAUUUCAAUUUGGAGCUGGACAGAAUCGAUUUCGUUGAUAUCUGGCGUGAGCGUGGUUUUUGCGAAGUGCAAGACCUCAUGAGCUGGGCAACCGGUUGCCAACCUCGCCCUACAUGUAAGGGCAAAACCCGCAAGGACUUCCUUUUUGUUUCGGCUGAGUUGGCCGCCAUGUUUGUCCAGACCAUGGUUGAUGAGACGUUUUUCGCUGAUCAUGCUGUGCUUUCGGCGAAAUUCCGCACAUCGGUCUCCUUUGUCCCGCGCUUUCAAUGGCGCAUGCCUGUUCAUCGUCAGUCUCUUCAUCUCCAGCCCUUGCAUGUGUGCGCUGUGGGUGGCCCUGCUGGCUCGGAUAGCCCUGCAUCUGAGCGUUAUGCUGCGGUUUGCGAGCGAUUUGAAGAUGGGCUCUCGCGUGCCCUUGCUGACCGCAGCUUGCCACCUCUGUGUUCUCGUGAAAAAGGGCGUGCCCGCACUUUCGAAGUAAAGUGCAGCAAGUUGAAGAUUGCACCGGUUCCUAGCUCCCGCGUUUCUGAAGUGUCCCCUGAGUUUUUCGGGCCAAACCUUCGUUAUGCGCAGUGGUUUCGGCAGCUUCGUCGCCUUCAGGCUCUUCGCCAGGCCCUCCAUUCGGCCAGCUCGUCGCCUUCUGCGUUGGAGUAUCGUGCAGGUCUGUGGGAUUCCAUCCUUCGUGCUCCUGGUUUCGGAGUUCCUUUCGUGAUUUGGUGGCCUACUCGUGGAAUCCAGCUUCCCACCGACCCGGUCGAUAUCCCGCCGUGUAUUCCCUCACUGGAUGUUGUGACUCAAGUCUUCGCUUCUUUCGAGGCGAAUGUUCGUGCAUGGGAGAGGCAAUUGCUUUCUGCACGCCGCGGCGAGGCUGCGGCCCGUCGUGCUUCCGACCCUAGCCUCAUCUUCCGUGAUCUUCGAGCCGCCCCUGCCAAGCCGGUUGAGUCUUUGAUUGAGCCGCUUGAGGCGAAUGUUGAAGAGGUUGAUGCCGGUGACAAUGCGGUUGUGCUUGACAAGGAGGUUCCUUGGAGCCCUGACUUUCCAAUCUGUGUGAACGGUGUGUGCAUUGAUCCUGUCCAUGUUGAACCUGACAAGAUCUGGUGUCAUGAGUCCCCGCCGUGUGCCAUUGGUGAUAAGGUUGUUCAAUCUGUGUUGGUUGGAACGCUGCCCGAUCUGUUUGCCAAGUUUGGCAAGGAGUGGGCUCGACGGUGGCAGCGACACGACAAUGUUUCUCCUGAAAGGUGGCGUGAACUCAUCUCUUCCUUUCGGGAGCGCGGUGAUUUUCCUUCCAUGGCUCUUGAGCCCAUCACCUUGUCUGUGUGGCAAGCCGCCGUCAGGGCUAAAAGCACGCGCAGCACGACUGGCCUUGAUGGAGUCUCCAGGCAAGAUCUCUUGUUGAUGCCGCCUGAACUUACUAUUGAGCUUAUUCGGUUGUGCGAACAUGCGGAACAACAUGGGGUUUGGCCUCGCCAAAUGCUCCAGGGGGUUGUCACUGCUCUGGAAAAGGUUCCGUCGGCUUCAUUGGUCACGCAAUUCAGACCCAUUUCCGUCUUAUCCAUGGUGUACCGUGUUUGGGGGAGUAUCCGAGCCCGUCAGUGUUUGCGACACCUGUCCCAGUUUGUCCCGCCGGGCCUUCUCGGGAAUGUCCCGGGACGUUCGGCUUCAAACGCGUGGUAUUCCAUCCAGCUUGCGGUUGAGCGGUCCUUUCGUGAAGGCCUCCCCCUUUCAGGAUUCAGCGCGGACCUCGUCAAGGCAUUCAACUUGCUGCCUCGGGCGCCUACGUUUGCAUUCGCCAUGCUGUGUGGCAUCCCACGUGGUUUGGUUCGUGCUUGGUCCGCUGCAUUGGUUGGCCUUCAGCGCCGCUUCAGGAUUCGAGGGUCUAUUGGGCCAGGGGUUAUGAGCUCGACCGGUUUCCCGGAAGGAGACGCGUUAAGCUGCGUGGCUAUGACCCUGGUCAAUUUUGCUUAUCAUGAGCAUAUGGCUGCAUCCGUUCCGGAUUGUGUCGCUUUGACGUUCGUUGACAAUUGGGAAACUACCUCUUCGUGUCCCAUGAGUAUUCUGCGAGCUGCCGCGGCUCAAGAGGAUUUCGCCCGUGCAUGGGACCUUGAGGUGGACUCGGGCAAAACGGUUUUCUGGUCCACUGAGGCCGCUGAUCGGAAAGUGUUGCGUUCGAAUCGGUGUAGUGUCGCUUUGGAUUUCCGCGAUCUUGGUGGCCAUUUGCAGGUAUCAAGACGCCAUACCAACUACACACAGACCGCGCGUUGCAAGGACCUUGUUCCGAAGUGGCUUCGCUUGAAAUGCUCGCUUGCGCCGUAUGUCCAGAAAGUUCGGGCUCUUCAGGUUGCUGCGUGGCCUAUGGCUCUGCACGCUGUCAGCAUCGUUACUUUGUCAGCUGCUUCCUUUCGUUCCUUGCGGAAUGGUGCCAUGAUUGGUUUGGGAGCCAAGGCUCCGGGUGCAAGUUCUCGUCUUCACUUGAGCUUGGUUGAGUUUCCGCUGGCUGAUCCCGAGUAUUAUGCGUUGCGGAGCUCGUUUCGGGACGCAAUUGCUCACGGCUCUUUUGAAGAUCUUGCACCUUUGUUGGAUUUGGCCUCUACAAACUCGGUGCGUCAGCCAGGGCCGGCGGGAGUUUUGUUGUCACGGGCCAAUGCUAUUGGCAUGGCGUGGUCUCCUGAGUUGCGCUGUUUCCAAGACUCUCUUGGCAAUCUUGAUCCGUGGAAGCUUUGUUGUCAAGAAGUUGAAGCACGUUUGGUCCUUCAGUGGCAAGCUGCCGUUCAGCAGAGUGUGUCGCAUCGAAAAGGCUUUGCGGGCCUCGCAGGUUGCGAUGCUCACCUGACGCGUUUGAUUUUCGGUCGGUUGGACUCUGAACACCAGGCACUGGCACGAAAGUCCCUGAAUGGAUCUUUCUUUACGCAAGACGCUUUGUGCCACUUCUCCGAGGGGGAGUCGGACGCUUGUGCAUUUUGCGGCCAUCCUGACAGUGUGCUCCACAGAGUUUUCGAAUGCCCACAUUUCCAAGACGCUCGUGCUCUUCCUUUGCCUUGCCCGCUCUCGGUGCUUGAAGCGCAGUGUGAUGCCACCCGUUUGCAUUGUUGGGCACCUUGCGUAAAGGAUGUUAGCUUGCUCAGGCACGCACUUUGCCAGCUCCCUGACACUACGUCGCACUUUGAGCCUCUGCCUUCUAUGCCCAUCUACGAUCUGUUCACAGAUGGUUCCUGCCUUUGCUCGUGCCUUCCCUCCCUUCGCUUGGCCUCUUGGGGUGUUGUGGUUGCUAUGGGUUCCCUCGACUCGCCGGGCUUGCCCUUGUGUUCCGGGCUUGUACCGGGCUUGCUCCAAACCGCUUUUCGGGCGGAGUUGACUGCCAUGUUAGCUGCCUUCACUUUCGCUUCCACGGUUGGAGUGCCUGUUCGUGUCUGGUCUGACUGCUCGAGUGUGGUGCGAAGGGCGCGAAGCUUGCUCGCUGGCGAGUGGGUUCCCGCGUCCACGGGAAAGCAUGCUGACCUCUGGAGACGGAUGUCGCAACUCUUGCCGUUGCUGGGUGAUCGGAUUUCCGUGUUGAAGGUCUCUGCACAUUUGGAUUCGGACUUGCAGGGUACUUUUGUAGAUGAGUGGGCCGUCGUCCAUAACAAUGAGGCUGAUUACCUGGCUGGUUGCGCUAAUCAGGAGCGCGGUGAAGAGUUUUGGAACCUCUGGAAUCGGUGUGCGGAUGGGUAUGCUGAGGCAUCACGCAUUACUGAAGGGAUUCUGCUGCUUCAUGCCAGGAUUGGCAUGGUCGCUACGCGGUCCGAGGGCCGGCCCGGUGUCCGUCCAAUAUUGGUGGUGGCUGCGGUAGGUGAGGGUGAGGCUUCCUUCAUUCCAGCGUGUGAUGUGGACCCGCGAGGCCGUAUUACACAUCGGUUUGGAGAUACUGCGGUCCGAACUGCAGCCGAAUGGUUUCGGGGCCUGCAGUCCCGUGAUGGUGGAGGGUCACUACAGUGGAUAUCAGUGCUGCAGUUGUUGCUGGAUUAUUGCUUUCACACAGGAAGUCCACCUCCGGUGUACCAUGCUAGCACACGCACGUGGAUCGAUCCGGCUACUGUUAGUCACGGCAGACUGGUGAGAGCUGAAUUGACCGCACGAACCCGUUGGUUUGGUCAAUUCUUGAGAGGAUUACUCCGGGAAUCUGGGGGCCGAUGGGUUACGAGAGAGUGUCGGCCGGAGUCAACAGCGCUCCAAAUUCGUUUGUUGUGUAUAGGAGUUGCUAUGCCAGCUGAUCGCCAUGAGCGAAUCGAGGCAUGUUUGUCCAGGGUUCUCCCAAACGGGACAGCUACAGGCGUUUCAAGAUCCUGGACUACGUUACCCCUUCCAUGA